AUGUCCACCUCCUCGAACUCUCAAACACGCUACAAGCUUGUCUAUCGCGUCCUCCCAUCUCACCUCUCCGCGACAAAAGAUGCCAUAUUCGCUGUAGGUGGUGGAGUGUACGCCGAUGGAAAAUACAUCAAAGUCUGUUUUGAAAUCCCAGGUUUAGGGCAAUUUUUACCAGUAGCAGAGAAGGGAGCUGUGCCUCACACAGGGAAAGUAGGAGUGUUAGAACGAACGGAGGAGGUUUUGGUGCAUAUUUUGUGCACCGGGGAGGAAGUUACAAGGAAAGCGGUUGAGGCAUUGAAGAGGUGA